AUGCAAUCAAUCGCUAAUGGGCCUUCACUGAUAGGACAGGUCAGCAAUGUCGGCACCCCCAGACUUUCUGGUGUCAAUACGCAUACCAGUGGAACCGAAUUCUACGGCGGCUCAUCGAACCUGGCGUUUCUGGCGAGAUUGUUCUCAAAAGCUCGCAAACGUGUCUCCACGCUAUCCCGUGGCGCGGUCCCGACAGGUGUGGCAAACAGUACUUCUUUCGCGCAUGACACGACCAGCUCUGAGCUGCGCCACCUCAACGACAACAGGUCGUCUCUCGUUGACCUCAUGUACAGUAUUGACUAUCACUCGCCUGUGGACCGAGCAACACGACCCACCAAAGGCACUGCCAGUACGCCGAAUGCGACGGCGACAACCCCAAGCAUCCGAACCAGCCAUUCCAGCCCUGGGUUGCCCCUUGCCGCUGAAUCAUCGCUCCACAUGCCUCCUCCGCGGCUCUCGGCCACGUAUCGGUCUCCUACUGCCCCUGCACAUGAGCCACUGAGAAGAAACUUUGAGAUAGUCGUGGAAAAGACAUUCAUCGAAGCCUACUUUAACAAUAAACAUUACAUCCACCCACUGCUUGUGGAGAAAUCUUUCAGAGAGAGAUGUGCCAGGAUCAUCUGGGCUGAUCAGCCACCACCUCCGAACCUCGGCCGUCAGUCGCACUUUCUGGCCCUGUACUACGCUGUCGUGGCACUCGGAGCCAUUAAUAGCAGCGUCGAGCAGAUUACAUGUCUCCCACAAUUCUACCGGGUGCGUAACGACGAGGACCUCUCGGCGCCACCUACGAAACGGUCUACCCUGGAGUGGGCCAGUCACUACUUUGGACAAGCGAAGCAGGCUUUGGGCGACACUAUGGACAUCUCCUCCCUGGAAACAUGUCAGACGCUGUUUUUGAUGACGGUUUUCUGCCAAAAUGCGCUCAAGCCUCAUGCGUGCUACAUGUACAGUGGCCAUGCUGUGCGCACCGCUAUUGCAAUCGGGCUGGCAAACAAUGCUCGGAAGACAUGUACAGAAGAAGGGAAACGCACAUGGUGGUGUAUUUAUUCACAUGAAAUAGAGAUGUGUUGCUCGUCCGGACGACUAGACUCCCUUAUGCCUCCAGAGAUGUAUUCUUUGCCGAUGCCCAAAUGGACGUUGGAGGACAACGAGAGCCAUGAGACCGCGAUCAUUCCGGUCAUGGUAGAUCUCUCCCGCAUCCUCAAAAGGGUCUCUAUGGAUGUUUAUUGCAACGCGAAUGGCCGUUCAACGGGUGAGCUAUCGCAGGUUAGCCUAGAAUUGAAUGAGGCCCUCGCAGUAUGGAAAGCAAAUCUGCCUGCAUUUCUGAAUCUCGACGUCCAGUUGCUCAACGAUCCCCCUUGGGCUUACAAGCAGAAGCUGGUUUUGAAGAUGCGUUUCUUCUAUACCCACAUCCUAAUCAAUCGACCGUUUUUAGUCGCCUCACAUCCUAGUCAUCUCAGAUUGUCCUUCCCACAACACAUAGACAUCUGCCUAGAUGCGGCACGAAAAAUGAUCCAGUUGAUCCACAAUGCGUUCAUCAAUCGAAUGUAUUUGCGCACUUGGUGGUAUUGUACAACGUAUACUCUGUACGCGAGCAUGAUCGUCCUGUAUCUCAUUUUGGUGGAUUGUUAUCCCCCUGCCGUCAGUGUUGACGAGCUCAUUGGCGAUGUCGAAAAGAGUCUAGAAAUCUUCGAUGCAAUGAAACAGGUGGUGGUCGCGCAGAGGUGUGCUGAGUUGACAAAAGAAAUGCUCACGGUGGUCAAGAAACACCAGCAGGAAAAGCCCCAACAGCGGCAGAGCAACCAUACUGGUGAGCAAAACCUGAUCCCACCGGCACUACACCUAGCACCCAACGCUUCACUCGGCGAUACAAAUGACCCUUGGAACGAUAAUUAUCUGGCAACUAUUCUGAACCAAUCUCUGCCCGGCUGGGUAAGUCAGACAGAGGCCCUCGCUCAUCUGUACGAUCCGAGCGUCCUAGAGGACUUUGCUCUCUCAGGAGGUGACAAUAUUGGCUCGAUUGACGAUGCGAUGAUUGAUUUUCCUGCAGAGUCGUCGGACGACAUCGAGCAGACUGGUCCCACCUGGGGUGUCUUUGAACCCUUUGAGAAGGGCGCGGCAGUGGCAGGGAAUGAGGCAGCUGGCUGGAUUUAG